AUGCAUGUGAAGACACAUGCACAUGGCGGCCACUCUUUUGGUCAUGAUCCCUUCGUGAAUACCAUUACUAUGUGCCAGUGGCAACUUACAAGGCUGAACCCUCUUCAAGAAAUAUCUCAAUUCAGGCAAUAUGCAAGGAGGAAUUCGAUCGAUCUUCUCACAUGGGAGUCUCAAGCUGCCAGUAUUGAAGAGAAUGGUUUUGAAAGCACCACGAUUUCUGACGUUCUGAAAACCAAGGGAAAAAGUGACGAUGGGUCCUGGCUUUGGUGCACAACAGAUGACUCUGUGUAUGAUGCUGUGAAGUCAAUGACACAGCACAAUGUUGGAGCAUUGGUUGUUGUUAAACCUGGGGAACAAAGGUCAAUUGCUGGGAUUAUUACUGAAAGAGAUUACCUAAGGAAAAUAAUCGUGCAAGGAAGAUCAUCAAAGUCGACUAAUGUUGGGGAUAUUAUGACUGAAGAGAACAAGCUUAUCACGGUAACACCAGAUACCAAAGUUAUAAAGGCAAUGCAACUAAUGACAGAUAACCGUAUCAGACACAUUCCGGUGAUUAAUGACAGUGAUAUGAUCGGCAUGGUUUCCAUUGGAGAUGUGGUUCGUGCUGUGGUGAGUGAGUAUCGGGAGGAGUUGAACCGCUUGAACGCCUUUAUACAGGGAGGAUACUGA